CCGAGCCGUGUCAUCCGCUUAGCGCCCUCGCGCCACCCGGCGCUCCCGCCCCGCGCCCCUCCCGCCGCCGCCGCCGCCACCCUCAUUGUCGCCUCUGCUCUCCUCGCGGGGCCAGGGCAUGCUCCGUGCUCCCGCGGCCGGCUGGGCGGCGGCAAGCGACACUCCGCGCCGGCAGCGACAUGAGGCGCGGCCGGUGGGUCGCCCUGGUCCUGGGGCUGCUGCGCCUGUGCCUGGCCCAGGCCAACUUUGCCCCCUACUUCUUCGACAACGGGGUCGGCAGCACCAACGGAAACAUGGCCCUGUUCAGCCUCCCAGAGGACACCCCCGUGGGCUCCCAUGUCUACACCCUGAAUGGAACAGACCCCGAGGGAGACCCCGUCUCCUACCACAUCAGCUUUGACCCCAGCGCUAGAAGUGUCUUUUCCAUUGACCCCAAUUUUGGAAACAUCACUCUGAUUGAAGAGCUGGACAGAGAGAGGGAGGAUGAGAUUGAAGCCAUCAUCAGCAUUUCCGACGGCCUGAAUCUGGUGGCAGAAAAAGUCGUGAUCCUGGUGACCGACGCCAAUGACGAGGCACCCAGGUUCAUCCAGGAGCCUUACGUUGUCCUGGUUCCUGAGGACACACCUGCUGGGAGCAGCAUCAUUAAAGUCCAAGCGGUUGACAAGGACACUGGCUCUGGAGGGAGUGUCACCUACUUCCUGCAGAGCCUGCACUCCACCCAGUUUGCCGUGGACCGCCAGAGCGGCGUGCUGCGCCUCCAGCCCGGGGCCACUCUGGACUAUGAGAAGUCCCGGACCCACUAUGUCACCGUGGUCGCCAAGGAUGGUGGGGGGAGGCUUCGAGGGGCCGACGUGGUGUUCUCAGCCACCAGCACCGUCACGGUCAACGUGGAGGACGUGCAGGACACGGCCCCUGUCUUCGUGGGCACACCCUACUACGGCUACGUGUAUGAGGACACUCUUCCGGGCUCGGAGGUCCUGAAGGUGGUCGCCGUGGACGGAGACCAGGGCAAACCCCACCGCGUUCUCUACAGCCUCGUCAACGGGAGCGAUGGUGCCUUUGAAAUUAACGAGACGACUGGAGCCAUCUCGGUCACGCAGAGCCCUGCCCAGCUCCAGAGAGAGGUGUAUGAGCUGCACGUGCAGGUGACCGAGGUCAGCUCUGUGGAGGGCCCAGCUGCCCAGGCCAUGGUCCCAGUAACCAUCAGGAUUGUGGACCUCAACAACCACCCGCCAACAUUCUACGGGGAGAGCGGGCCCCAGAACAGGUUUGAGCUGUCCAUGACGGAGCAUCCGCCCCAGGGCGAGAUCCUGCGGGGCCUCAAGAUCACGGUCAACGACUCGGACCAGGGAGCCAAUGCCAAAUUCAACUUGCGGCUGGUGGGACCCGGGGGCAUCUUCCGAGUGGUCCCACAGACGGUCCUGAACGAAGCUCAAGUUACCAUCAUUGUGGAGAACUCAGCCGCCAUCGACUUUGAAAAAUCCAAAGUGUUAACCUUCAAGCUCCUGGCCAUCGAGGUGAACACACCAGAGAAGUUCAGCUCCACGGCGGAUGUUGUGAUCCAGCUCCUGGACACCAACGACAAUGUCCCCAAGUUCACCUCCCACUACUACAUUGCCAGGAUCCCCGAGAAUGCCCCAGGAGGCUCCAACGUGGUGGCUGUCACGGCUAUGGAUCCGGACACAGGGCCCUGGGGCGAGGUCAAAUACUCCAUCUAUGGAACCGGGGCGGAGCUCUUCAUGAUCCACCCAAUCACUGGGCUCAUCUACACCCAGCCCUGGGCCAGCCUGGAUGCUGAGGCCACCGCCAGGUACAGCUUCUAUGUGAAGGCAGAGGACAUGGAGGGCAAGUACAGCCUGGCCGAGGUGUUCAUCACCCUGCUGGAUGUCAACGACCACUACCCCCAGUUUAAAAAGAGCAUCCAGAAGGAGAUGAUGGUGCUGGGGGCACCCGUGAAAAUCGAGGCCACAGACCAGGACGCGGAAGAGCCCAACAACCUGGUGGACUAUUCCAUCACCCGCGCAGAGCCGGCCAACGUGUUCGACAUCGACGCGCGCACGGGGGAGAUCUGGCUCAAGAACUCCAUCCGCUCGCUGGACGCCCUGCACAACAUCACGCAGAGCGGGGACUGCACCUGGUCCCUGGAGGUGCAGGCCAAGGACCGCGGCUCCCCCUCCUUCAGCACCACGGCCUUACUCAAGAUCGACAUCACGGACACAGAGACGCUGGCCCGGAGCCCCAUGGCGGCCUUCCUGAUACAGACCAAGGACAACUCCAUGAAGGCUGUGGGAGUGCUGGCCGGGGUCAUGGCCACCAUCGUGGCCAUCACCGUCCUCAUCUCCACUGCCACCUUCUGGCGCAACAAGAAGUCCAACAAGGUCCUGCCCGUGCGGCGUGUGCUCCGCAAGCGGUCCAGCCCCACUCCCCGCGCCGUCCGCAUGGAGUGGCUCAAGCCCAGGAAGCCCAAGGCCGCUACCAAGUUCGUGCUCAAAGAGGAUCCUCCCAAUGGGAACUGCAACAACAACAGCCCAGAAAGCUCCCAGCCCCCCAGAGCCCCGGCCCUUCCCCCACCACCCAGCACGGCCACGGCCCAGUGGACUGUGCCCACAGUGUCUGGGUCACUCACUCCCCAGCAGCACCAGCUGCCACCAAAACCCCAAACUGCGGGAAGCUCCACCCAGGCAACUCUGGUCUCUGAGCUCAAGCAAAAGUUUGAGAAGCACAACAAGGCUUACUUCUAGAGUGUGUCCUGUGGCCCUUCCUGUCCCCCUCACCCCAACCCUCACCACCCCACCACUUGGACCAUACUCCCCACCCUCUGCUCCUUAAGGUCACCCAUGUUUUGUAGAAUGGUGUCACCUCGAUACACAGGACUCUGCACGAGGCCUUGGGCAAGAGGUUUCUCCGGACAUGGAAUGCAAUUGGCAAACGCGUCCCUGUGACCCAAAUCCUUGACACAGAUACAUUGCUCCCCACUCUCCUGGGCUGGCAAUUGACAACGAGCCAGCUGUAUGCAUCACCAACCCCAGAGCUCAUAGUCCCUUGGGUCCUACUGGGAUCUCACCAUCCUUAGUCAAGGAGCAGGGCCCUGGCCACAUGGAACAAGGCCGACUAGACUCUGGAUCCUGAAGCCUGUGGCUGGGAGCAGCAGCAGGAAAAGGAGGUUCACCCUGGCUCAGCUGGAGGUCAAUGAACCUUGCAAGCUGCGGGAGAGCAAAUACAGGCACAGCAAAUACAGGGGAGGGAAAAAGUGCACUGACAACUCACACUGGCCGCGGGGCUGUGCCUGAACACCAUUGGAAAGUGGGAGCAUGACAUCUGGGCAGAGUCCGGGGGCCCUGCUGUGCCCAUGAGGGACCAGGGACAUGGAGGUGGAAGAUGGGCCUUGCCAAGAGUGAGGGCAGAUGUCCUCAGCCAGGAUUGCCCUGGACCCGGAAAUGUCCAAGCUGGAGCCUUGAUGGUCACCCUAAAGGCACCUGGAAGAGCGUCAAGGCCCCUCUCUAAAGCACUGGCCCCCAGUCAUCCUUGAAGAGACAGUUCAGGGUGGUAGAUGGAUAUCAGGACUGGGGUCUGGGGAGACUUCUGUUUUUAUCUGGCUCUUCUACUCUCAUUGCAUGCCCUUGGGAAAGCUGUUUAAACUCCCCGAUCAUCUUUUCCCUCAAUUGUCAAAUGAAGAAAGUAAGCCCUGUCUGCCUCACGUGCAGGUCUAGGGUGAGGAGCAAAGAAAAUAGCAGUGAUGAGGACUGUAGCUAAGUGCAGAGGGGCACAAAUGCACAGUAUUUUUCUGCAGUCCAGUUCCAGAAAGUGUUAGGAGUCUGCAGCUCUUCCAGAAAGUAUUAGGAGUCUCAGAGCUACUCUGCCGAGUGCCCCAGGAGGCACUGUGUUGGGUUUGGGGCUGUCACUGGAUGAUGGCACUGUCCGUGACUCACACACCUCCCCUUCCAUUCUCCCAUCACCCCAUGCCCUGAGUGGCCCUGGUCAGCCACCAUCAGAGAGAACCAGGGCUGGGCAGCAACAUCCGGUCCAAGCCUUCAUUUUGUCAAGAUGAGGAAAACAAGUUCCCAAGAGAGGAGUGGUUUGCCCAAGGCCACACAGCAGGUUGGUGGCAGGGGUCUGGUCUGAGGGCUCCCAGCUCCUUGGCAUCUUCCGGUAGCUGGGGCACACCUCCUCACCUCGUGACACCCUCCCCCAGGAGAGAAAUCUCACAAGUUCUCCAUGGCUAAUACAAAGAGGUUUAAGGAACCUGCUAUAAGGAAACCUAGAGAUGCACACAGGGAGAGAAAAGUGAAACAGCUCUUUGCAUAUUGCUCCACUCACUAACAGCUCCCCUAGAAUACGCCAGUGAUUUUAUUUAAGCAGAUUAUAUACACAUGUGAUUUUCUUGAUUUCUGAGUCUGUUUUGUUACUGAGAUGUGCCAGUGUGCAGACCCCUUAUUGGGGUUUCUGCAGUCUCCGACUCGGACAGUGUAAGUGCAAGGUGGUCUCUAGCAAUCCAGCAUCCCAGACACUGUAGAGAGCAGACACUCUGCAGCCUGUUUCAGGGAGCAUCCUUACAACGUGCAUGCGAUCCACCUCUUUUGUAAAUGGUAAAUAAAAUCUAUUAACCAAAGGCCAAGCUGGCCUCCUGCUCCCUG